AUGUUCGAAGUAUUCACAACACAAACUAUCAAGACUAAACCAACUAAAAAGGUUGUGUCGUUCUUCAUCAAAGUGUCGUACAAGUUAAUGGUAUAUGGUAAUUUUAAUAUCAGUUGUUUGAUGUAUUCCGCAAUCACUUCUUUGAUGAUCAGUGAAAAAAGUGUCUCGAAGGCGUUUUCUUCGUGCGAUGUGAAAGUGAAAAGGAAAUACUACGAACUGAAAGAACUGUAUUCUAUAACAAAUCAGAGCCAGAAAUACCGAAAACAGUUCGAGGAGCAUACACAACCAAAAAUGCCUGUCAUAGCUUUUUUACUUGGAGAUGGCGUCCAUUUAGAAGAGAUCAACAACCACAUCGAGUCGAGUCCAAAAAUGCUCAACACAUUCAAACUCGAAAAGGUAGGCGUUUUAGUCGACUCGUUGUAUAAUGCUCGUGAAAUCCAUUAUGUGUUCUCAGUUAUACAACACGUCAGGUGCUAUUUACUGUCUUUAAUUCGUUGUUUUGUGUAUUUCUUAGUGAAGAUGAAUUUCUUGUGA